ACUCCCUGCACCAUGCUCUGUAUUCACUGCUCCCCUCUGCCCAAAAUUUUUGUCCAUAUCUUCUUCUUUCCUUCCUUUUCUUUCUUGCUUUUCCAGUCAUUUAUUCAUUUUCCCUUCCUGGCUUCCUCACCCCACCUUUCUCCCCCUCCAGUCCUCAUCAGUCAUCACCACCACCAUCACCAUAACCAUCACCACCAUUGUCCUUCUCCAGCCUCCUCAUUUACACACACACACAGAGUGCACAUUUUCAUGUAUUUUUAACUCUCUCCCCACCAUCUUCUUCAUGCAAAACCCAUUUUUCUUGAACACUUGAAGCCCCCUUCCCCCUCCCCCCACCCACUACCCCAGCAAAAAGCAAAAAGCUGAGAAAAGGAUCUUUACACCUUAACUGCAUAAUCUUAGCCUCUUGCAGACUCAUCUGUGCACGUAGCCCCCAUAUUUAUGUGAUCUUUGGUGAUUUUUUAGCUUUAUAAUACAAUAUCUGUCGAACCCAUUUCGCUAAAAUGCCCUGAGAAUCUCUAGCACCAUUUUUUUUUAAUUUUUAAAUUUUCAGACUGAAAAUCCCAACUUUAUUUAAACCUUAAAAGUUCCGAAAAGGGGGUUUUGAAAAAGAUUGUGUCUUUUUUUUAAAAAAAAUAUUGUCAUGGGUUGUACACAAUCUAGAAUAGACAAUGAAGAAUCAGUGUCAAGAUGCAAAGAGCGGAGGAACCUUAUGAAAGAGGCGGUUUCAGCUAGGAACGCUUUUGCUUCAGCACAUUCCGGUUAUGCCGUUUCUUUGAAGAACAUCGGCGCCGCCUUGAGUGACUACGCACAAGGCGAAGCGCCACCAUCCGCCACCUCGGCGGCAGCUGUCGGCAUUGAGCCCACAUUGGAGCCACCACCGAGGCCUCCUCCUCCUCCUGGGUCCCCCCUACCCCCUCCUCCUCCUCUGCCUAACUUUUCGCCUUCUCCAUCGCCACCGCUCCAGCGGUCCGUGACCAUGCCGGAAUUUUCAUCGUCGAAGCUGAUGAGGGUGAAAAUGAAGGGAAUUGACGAGGAUGAGGAUGAAGAAGAGGAAUUUGAGGAGGAUGAUGAGAGAAAUGGUUCUUCAUUGAGGCCUAGAAAUAGGCGAAAUGCGGUUGAAGAAAUAGCUCCCGAGACCGCUGUAAGGACGCCUUAUACGCCGCCCCCACCGGAGAGUAAAGGGAUGGCUUGGGAUUAUUUCUUUAUGGUGAAUAAUAUGCCGGGUUCAGAUUUGGGGGAAGUGGAGGAAGAGGAGUAUAUAAUGGAGGAACAAAAUGGGAAUGAGGGUGGAAGAUUUAGCAAUGUGGGUGGCAGUGAUGACUUCAAGACUCCAGAGAAGGUUGGAAUUGAUAGAAGAGGGAUGGAGACGGAGGAAGAGGUGACCCCUGUGGUAGUAGUGAAGGAGAAGCAAUUUAUGCAUUCGAAGACAGCGCCUGCAGGAAUUAGUGGAGUAGGGAAUGGUAAUAUUGAGAAAGUAGUAGCUAGUAGUAGUGGUGUUGAUUUCUUGAAGAUUCUGAGUGAUGUUGAUGAUCAUUUUCUCAAGGCUUCUGAGAGUGCACAAGAGGUUUCCAAAAUGCUUGAGGCUACAAGAAUGCAUUAUCAUUCGAAUUUUGCUGACAAUCGAGGGCACAUUGACCAUGCUGCAAGAGUCAUGCGAGUUAUUACCUGGAACAGAUCGUUCAGAGGUGUGCCAAAUGGUGAUGUUGUAAAUAAUGAUCCUGAUGCAGAAGAAUACGAGACACACGCCACUGUUUUAGAUAAGUUGCUAGCAUGGGAGAAAAAGUUAUACGAGGAAGUCAAGACUGGUGAACAUAUGAAACUCGAAUAUCAGAGGAAAGUCACUCUCUUGAGCAAGCUUAAAAAACGUGGUGCAAGUAUUGAAUCACUGGAGAAAGCGAAGGCUGCUGUUAGUCAUUUACAGACACGAUAUAUAGUUGACAUGCAGUCACUGGAUUCAACGGUCUCAGAAGUGAAUGAUAUCCGUGACAAGCAACUGUAUCCAAAACUUGUUGCUCUCAUUAAUGGGAUGACCAAGAUGUGGGAAUCAAUGUGGAUGCAUCAUCAAGAUCAGAAGAACAUUGCUACUGACCUCAAAUUGCUUGAUGUUACUGCUGCUCCCAGAGAGACGAGCAAACAUCACCACGAGCGCACUCGCCAGCUUUUACAUCAUGUCGAAGACUUGCAUUCACAUCUGGAAAAGCUCAUGACAAAUCAGAAACAGUACAUCCAUUUCCUUAACAGCUGGUUGAAGCAAAAUCUCAUCCCAAUUGAAAGCAGUUUGAAAGAGAAAAUAUCAUCACCACCCAGAUCCCAAAAUCCUCCAAUUCAACCCCUCCUUCAAAUUUGGCAUGACCAUCUUGAGAAGCUUCCUGAUGACGCCGCCAAAUCUGCAAUCCAUACCUUUUCUGAGGUGGUCAAGAGAAUCCUUGUUCAUCAAGAGGAGGAAACGAAGCUCAAGGAAAAGUGCGAGGAAACGAGAAAAGAAUAUUUGCGUAAGAGCCAGGCUUUUGAAGACUGGUAUCACAAGUACAUGCAACGUAGAACUCCACAUGAUGAUGCAGACCCCGAUAGGCCUGAAGAAACUAAUCCCAAUGACCCUCUUGCCGAGAAGCGGUUUGUGGUGGAGAGCUUGAAAAAGAGGUUGGAAGAGGAAAUGGAAGCUCACCAGAAGCACUGCAUUCAAGUGAGGGAGAAGUCUUUAGCAAGUCUCAAAAUCGGGUUGCCUGACCUUUUCAGAGCUAUGUCAGAUUAUGCUGAGGCAUGUUUAAAUGCUUAUGGUAGUUUGAGAUCACUCGCACAGUCACACAAGCCAAAUGGAGUUUCUUCAUGACUGUGUAACCCUUGCUUCACUAUUAAGUUAGUACGUUCUUGGCUUUCCCUAGUAAACGCCUAAGUUGUUGUGGAAAUCCUUUUUGUGUGAGUUCUAUCUUGGAAUUUUAUGAAGGCGGACUUUUACUGUUUUAAAUUUGUUAUGUUAUAAUAAUUAAUCGUUUGACU